AUGGCGGAGGCCAUCGUGGGGUCGAUGCUAUGGAAGCUGCAGCAAGUGGCGGCCAGGGAGGCGCGGACGCUGGUGGCCGUGAACGAGGACAUCCGGAGCCUCCGAGACAAGCUCAUGUGGAUGCAGGCCUUCCUGCGCGACGUCCAGCCGUCGCGCCGCGUGCAGCCCAACGAGCUCAUCAAGGUGUGGCUGCAGCAGACCCGCGACGCCGUCUUCGACGCCGAGGACGCCGUGGACCAGUACUUUGUCCAAAUUGAUCUCUCAAGAUUGCCUAGCUGGAGCCGUGCCAUCUUCAGUUUCUUUGCCAGCUUUACCACUCAAGUCGUGGUCCGGCGCGACCUCUCCAGCAGGAUCAGGUUGAUCAAUGAAAGGCUGGAGGGAAUCAUUGUGAACAAGGACAGGUACAGGUUGGGAGAGUCUACUACGCUAGGAUCAAUAUGGAGGCCAUCCAGCUCCACGUCACCUCUCUCAGAAAAGAUGGACGACGUGGUGCUGCCACUAGUGGGACGAGAGGAACUGGUGCGAGAGCUUAAGUAUUAUCUUUAUAAAAGCAGUGUAAAUCAUGAAAAUGUGAUCACUGUGAUUGGGGAAAGUGGAGUCGGCAAGACAAAGCUGGUGAGGACCUUGUACGACAGGAGGCAGACGCUGUCUCAUUUUGACAUCUAUGAGUGGGUGAGCUUUGGGCCUAAUCUUAGUGCCUCUGAUGUCCUCAUGAUAAUCAUCAGACGCAUUACAGAUGGAGAAGAAUGUUCCAAGGACAAUAUUGAAAGGAAACUGCAGGAGAUAUUGAAAGGAAAGAAGUAUCUGUUGGUGAUAGAUGCUGAGCUCAGUAACUCAGAGUGGAAUCGCAUUUUUGCUAUGCUCCCCAACCCCAAGGGUGUGGAUGUCAAUGCCUGCAGCAGAAUAGUGAGAAUUUCUCAGAUUCCACCACAUAAGCCACCCCCACAGUAUCAAGAAGCUAAAAUUGAGGUUCCAAAAUUUGAUGACAAAGUUGUCAUCAAUCUUUUCAAGGAAACCUUCCUAACAUAUGGCAGAAAUGAACUUCCUGACGAAGCAAUAGAAAAAUACAGUCAGAGUAUUUUGGAGAACACAAAAGGGUUGCCGCUGGCAGUAGUUCUUUUGUCUGGCCUUCUGCGGACCAAGGAGUACCCUAAUGAAUGGGAAACGGUGUUUGAUCACCUGAAGAGGAUGCAGUCAAAGCAGAUUGACAAGAUUUUAUCCCUCUGCUUUGAUGACCUUCAUUAUGACCUGAAAUCUAGCCUCCUCUAUUUUGCUGCAUUGCCGGUGAAUACAUUUAUCAGGGCAAGGAACAUUGUGUGCAUGUGGAUGGCGGAGGGCUUCCUGGUACCAAAGGCCACAACAGUGGAGAGAGUAGGAGAGCAAUACCUGAAGGAGCUGAUAGAUAGGCGCCUUGUCAACUUGGCGCCAGUGGGCUAUAAUGUUCCUGGGUACGAGCGUGUAGCUGUUCAGAGCAAAGUACACACAUUCCUGCAGCUUGAAGCACAAGAGCAAUGCUUCGUGGAGAUCCACAGUGGUGAUGACAUCCCAGCUUUGUCGGAUGUUCGACGCUUGUCGCUCCAGAAUCACAAAGACAAGUAUGCAGCUCUGUCACACCCUCUACCAAAGCUGCGAGCCAUCCUGUCAAACUUUGAGACAGAACAAGAGGCUGCACAAGUCGGUGAGAAGCCACCAAAUGAAGCUGGAGGAGAACAAGGUGGAAAUAGAGAUGGGCCAUGCCUGUACCCAGUCAGGUGCUGCCUUGGUUCCUCAAUUAGAGGGGGCAACAAAAAGAAAAAGCAAGCCAAGUCUUGUGUGCAGGACCUGCUACAGAAUUCAAGGUUCCUCCGUGUCAUCCAUUUCAACGGCCUUGAGGUGGACACGGAGCUUCCCGCCGAAAUCGGCAAUGUUGUGAACCUGCAGUACAUCCGAGUUACCUCCUGCUCCUUGGAGAAGAUCCCAUCAUCAAUUGGUAGGCUGUGCAACCUCCAAACUCUUGAUGUCCGAGGCACCAUGGUCCGAAGCCUUCCAGAUGGGUUCUGGAGGAUUCAGACGAUCCGUCAUGUGCUGGGUGACCGUCUCAUCUUGCCUAAACAUGUCGGUGACUUGAGGAAUCUGCAGACACUCAACAGCAUCAAGCCUGACUAUGAUGGCGCCCAUGCCUGGGACGACAAGACCUUCACCUACAUGAUCCGCCUAUUGUACUUACACAUCCGGCACAGUGAUAGUCAGGGCAGCGAGAACAUCUUCACCAACCUCAAGAACAAGGCCGCCUUGGUAAAAGCAGUAUCCAUACUCAAGCACCUUGUUGUGCUCAUCUUAAAAGCUCCUGUCAUUCCCUCAGAAGUGUUCACCAGGUCCAACCUCCCACGUCUCAAGGCAAUGGAACUGGUCGGGAAGCUUGACCUUCCUCAAAAUGCCCUCCCCAAGAUGGAAGUCCGCACUCACCUCCCAAACCUAAAGAAGCUGAGGCUUUUGGGGACAGAGGUGUCACAGGAAUUCAUUAACCAACUUGGAGACCUACAGUUCCUUUCCACCCUUGAACUAAGCAGCAAUUCUUUCAAAGAGAGGCACCUUAUCUUCAAGGAUGGAUUUCACAGCCUCAAGGAAUUGACGGUGCAUGAUGAGGCAAUCAGCAGGUUGGAGAUACAUGAGCCAGCACUUCCCGAGCUUGAAGAUCUGGAUAUUUUCAUCCAUAGCAGUGAGUUCCGUGUUGAGAUCCAUGGUCAUUAUUCCAAGCUUAUUCGACACAUGGAAGCUGAGGAUGAAGAACUUUUUAAGAUUACGGAUGUCAUAACGCGACAAGUCCAAGUGGAAAACAACAACGGGGGCGAUUCCAAUGCCUGA